UAAAAAUUAGUGUUUUGGAGUAAAAUAAAGUUUAAAUCUACCACUUCUACAUAAUAUUUCAAUAAAGCAUCUUAUAUAUAAAAUCCUUUGACCAUUCAAAUUUGUUAUUUUUUAGAUUAGUAUAUCAAAACUUGGUAAUAAUGAAGAGUGAAGAAACCAUAAAAGAGAAACUUAAGAAUUAUUCGCCAACAGCAAUAGCAAUUGUGAUAGCAGAAUUGGCAGCAGCGGCAGGAGCAGGUAUAAGAAAUGCUCUGUCUCGUGAAGCAUGUCCAUCUACUAAGGCACUAUUAGAUGGUAUUAUGGAGGAGCUAAAAAAUGGCAACAACAAUGUCAUUGGGGUGUUAUUGGGACCAGACAAUCUUGAAAAGAUAGUUAAAAGAAGAGUUGAGAAAGAUGCAAGCUUGUUUGGGGCGGUUGUCAUGACAACCGUAUCAAACGAGCCCAAUUAUAGAAACAUUCAAGAUGAUAUUGCCAAAGCACUGAAAUUGAGUUUUGAUGGUGAGAAUAUUGGUGUGAAGACUAAGAAAAGUAAAAGAUGGCUGCCUAAGGUAUUUGGUUCUAAAAAUGGUGGUAGAUUUAAUGAUGAGAUAAUUGAAAGUAGAGCUAAAAGAUUACGUCAGAGGAUGUUGGAUGAGAACAAGAUACUUGUGAUGUUGUUUGAUGUUUGCAGCAAUGGUCUUGAUUUGGACAAAGUUGGAAUACCUUAUGGAACAUGUCACGCAGGAUGCAAGUUGCUGCUUACUUCUGCUAGUGAGGAUGUGUUAUCAAACCACAUGAGUGCUCAGAGGAUCUUCAGAGUCUAAUUAUUAUUUACCAUUAUAUAUUUGGUGAAAACUCAGGUGCAGUCGACUUCACGUGAAGUUUAUAGUCGAGAGCCGUUAGAUGAAAAUUUAGUCAAAUCAGUCAAAUCAUCUAAUGGCUCUCAAUUAUCAAUUUCAUAUGAAGUCGACUGUACCUGAGUUUUCACAUAUAUAUUUAUAUAUUGUUGCUCAAAAUUAAGAACUUCAUCGUUAGAAAUGUGUAAUUCUUAUUUUGAAAGCUACUUUCUACCGUCUGUAUGUACUAUGUUUUGCAUAUAAGCUAAGUAGACAU